AUGUUCUGGUUCAAGCAAAUUAUUGGGCAAAUUCCUCAAGUUGGUGCAAGCAUGCAUAAAUUUGAGUUUCAGCCUAUAUUGCACAAGGAAUUUAUCAAUUCAAAUCUCAUUGUGGCGAAAGCUGAAGCUGACGGGAUAUAUCUCACAAUCCUAAAGAUGGAACCAACAGAUGAAGCCAUUUACUAUUGCGUUUAUAGGAUAGACUAUGAAGUCAACUUUAUCAAUGGGACCUUUUUAGUAUUAAGAGGGAAUGAGAAUAUAUUAAUGCCCUUUAUUUUUUGUUCAGUGUUCUUACAUCUUCAUAUGUUUUCUAUGUGUCUGUAUGAUUUUAUACAUUCAUGUGCAUUUUAGAAAGUGUUGUUUCAGAUAGAUUUAUAUGAAACUAUAAAUGUACCAUUUAGGUAAGAAUCAACAGAUGUCUGAUUACAAGACCGUGGUACAACAGCCAAUUUCUGACCCAUUCUACCCAUGAGAAAAUGUGACUCUGCAGUGUAAAGUACUCUCUGAGACCUGUACAGCAGAGCACAGUGUGUACUGGUUCAGAGCCGGAUCAGGAGAAUCCCAUCAAGGAGUCAUUUACACCCCUGGGAAUAGGAGUGAUGUGUGUGAGAAGAGCCCUGAGACUCCCUCUCCUACAAAGAGCUGUGUCUACAACCUCUCCAAGAACAACCUCAGUCUCUCUGAUGCUGGGACUUACUACUGUGCUGUGGCCACAUGUGGGGAGAUCCUGUUGUGCAACGGAACAAACCUGAAUAUUGGUAGGUAGUACAUAUUUAUAUAUCUAAAAUCUAAAACAUUCUUAACAACUGAAGCCAUUAUUGAAGAUUGAACAGCAUCAAUUCUUAAGGUUGUACACUUAAAAGUGUUAUAUAGAGCAUUAAUUUACUUAAGUAUGAAUGCCAAAACUAUGAUUUUGUUUUACAUUUCUAGAAAAAGCAACAGAUCCUGUAAUCAUUGCUCUGGGAGUGACCUCGGCUGUCUGUGUGAUUGGGAUCAUUAUCCUCAUCUGCACCAGACAUACUAGACCAGUUUGUGAACAUUGUGAAGGUGAGCUGCUUAACGUUGCAAAUUGUUGAGGAGUAUCUAAAAUUGUUCAGUAAAUUUCCCUUUGAGUCUUUAGUCAUUUUUAUGCUUUGUUUUUAUCCAUGGAAACAGUGGGUGCUUCUCAGCAUAUCGGGCAUGACAACUCAACUAGAGAAUCAAGCAGCCAGGUAAACACAGCAAAGUUGUCUAAUCAAUAUUGUCCAGAAAUGUAACAUGGCAUAACUUUUGUAAUGAGAUAUUUCCUAGAUUGAUUACUACUCCAGUUUGAUGAAAAUAUGAUUCUUCACAGGAUCAAGAUGCAGAUAUGUUGAAUUAUGCUGCACUGAAUUUCUCUGAGAGGAAAACUAAAAGAGGAAGAAAGAAGAGAGAGACACCACAGGAGAGUGUGUACUCUCAUGUCAGGUACUCAGACUGGGAGUGA